CUCAGCGAUCGAGCGGUGAUUGCCGUUGUCCAUCAACAUUGACCUCGGCCACGUGGUCGCACCCUCCUCCAUGACUUGGAUGUCCCAUCACGUUCCCGGCGCCCGCGGCCUCUUGCCUUCAGACAAGACAGCUGGAACAUAUUUAUCAUGAUGCAACAGUCGCGUCUCUCUGACUUGAAUCAUCGAGACGACCCUUCGAUAUGGCGUCCCGACUUGAGCAGCCUGCACUGGCUGAAUUCGAUCAGGCUCCGUCUCAGCCCAGACUUGGAUCGCUUACUUGGAAGAAGCCUACAGCAUGGUGGAUCAUGUUUCUCGCGCCGUUCAAUGUCAUCGUCGAGUCCGCCAUAUUCAGCGCACAAGUUGGGCUCUACGGUGACCUCGUUUGCCGCUUCCGACAGGAAGUACUCGCGCCGGAAGCGCCCUGCGCUUCAGAUCCCGAGGUCCAGAUCAUUGUCACCAAGCUUAUCUCAGUCAUUGUCACAACGACAGGCGUACUGAGUCUGCUUACUACUGGUUGGUGGGGCUCAUUCACGGACCGACGUGGGCGACGAGUAAUGCUUGGAAUUGGAGCCUCCGGUUAUCUGGCGCUCUGUGUCAAUACCCUGCUCGUCAUCAAUUUCAGCAACUGGCUUCCGGGCGGAUAUUGGUUCCUCGUCAUGAAUGGAAUCCUGCACGGGAUAGUCGGAGGCUCGGCGGCUGAGAACACAGCCAUGCUGGCAUAUCUCUCAGAUGUCUCGAACUUGUCUCGUAUAUUCUCUGCUGCGUUUGGGUGUUUGGUGAUCGGUAUUGGUAUUGGCCCAAUGCUUGCGAGUUUGCUCAUCAGAUAUACGCAAAGCGUAUCGGUUGUAUUUUACGUAGCCACUGGAAUCAAAUUGGUCUACACACUCACCGUCUGGUUCAUCUUACCAGAAUCCUCAACCCCUGGACAGCGCGAAGAAGCCAAGGCCAAAUACGAAGCUUUCCAAACGACCAACGCCGGCAUUCAUUGGGCGAAGAGAUUGCUAGUCCCGAUUGAACCUCUUCUCAUUAUCCUCCCUCGCAAACAGCCAGGCACCAACAAGAGGAGCUGGGAUCUUUUUCUGCUGGUUCUUGCGGAUGGUUUGGCCCUGAUGGUCAUCGCUUCCAUCAUCUUCCAGUUCUUGUACACUGUGGUCGCGUUCGGUUGGACCGCUGAAUAUAUUGGGUACUGUUAUAGCACGCUCAACUUUGCAAAAGCGAUCUAUCUCUUGUCAGUCCUUCCCUUGGGUAUCCGAUAUCUCAAUUCGAGAUCGGAACGGGCUCAUGUCUCUUCCGAAACCCAAUCCUUAUUAGCUGCGCGUCCAGCGCCGAGCUCUAUCGUGGUCGACUUCAAGAUCGUCCGGUUGUCAGUGCUCGCGGAUCUGGCCACGUUUCUGCUGCUCCCUUUGGCUCCGAACGGGAAGGUCUUCAUUGCCGCCAUCGCUUUUGGCGCCCUUGGUUCAGCCAUUGCUCCGGUCGUCAGAAGUGUGGCGUUGGAGUUGUACACAAAAAGUCUGGGGGAGGGAGAGCCAGUGGAGUCGGGCAAAUUACUGGGAGCGCUCAGCAUCUUACAAGCCUUGUUUGGGUCUAUCAUUGGCCCAGCUUUCUAUGGCGCAGUCUACGCAGCCACAGUCGCAACUUUCCCCAGAGCUAUUUUCCUCGUCGGGAUAGCCAACUGCGUGCUGUCUUUGACUCUUCUCAGUUUUGUCAAGCUCGGAUCCAAGCCCGUGCACAGCAGAGCCUACAUAGAUAGACACUAGAACGACCGAGACAAUAGAUGUCGGCAAUCCCUAAAGUAGGCGUCCAGAGGACGGUGACAAGGAUGUUGAUUGUACACAGCUAUCAAUGCCAAACCAACCCCGCCAAUGCCUCCGAAAGCUGCUCCCGACGACUCGUGAUCGAGCAUGAUCGUCGUUCGAACUGUAAACGAUAGCUGAUCCGCGCAAUUAUCCGUGGGAGCACAUAUAUUCGCGCCCUGUGUGCCGAUAGAUGAGCGAGAAAAGUCCGCUACUGGACGCGGUUCCUGCGACCGGACGUCAGUUCCGGAGAGUAUAAGUAUGCGGAGGAUUGUCAGAUAUCGCACAUUGCCUCCCUCAGCACGCUGCACGCAAUGAUAAGAUCGACGUUCCUUGCGCUCUCGCUCGCUGCAGUGGCAUUGGCGCAAGCCCCCGUAUGGGGCCAAUGUGGCGGGUUGCAAUGGACUGGACCGACCAGUAAGCGUUUGCGUCGCCGGUUGAGUUCCUUCUGAAUUCGUAUAUGCAGCUUGCACGACGGGCUGGACAUGCGUUGUCUCAAACCCGUACUUUUCUCAAUGUAUUCCCGCCACGACGAGUGCGCCUCCGUCGAGUACCCACAGCACCACAACGGCCCCGCCAUCGAGCAGCAGUCACAGCGUAACCAGUGCACCUCCUUCCAGCACUCACAGCACAACAACAUCCGCCCUGCCGCCCGUUUCGACAGGCUUCAUCAAGACCUCAGGGACGCGGUUCACUCUGAACGGGAAGCCCUACACGGUAGUAGGAUCGAACGCCUACUGGCUUCCUCUCUGGGGACUCAGCACAGCCGACAUCAGUGCCGGAAUCGAUGGAAUCGUUAACAGCAGCGCCACCACGAUCAGAACAUGGGGCUUCAACGAAGUCACGUCCCCGAGCGGGGUGUACUUCCAUCUCUGGAAUGGCUCCACUCCCACUGUGAACACUGGCGCUGACGGACUGGGCGUGCUCGAUACUGUGAUUUCGCUCGCGAAAGCCAAGGGGCUGCAUGUGAUCAUCGCGCUGACCAACAACUGGGGUGACUAUGGCGGAAUGGAAGUCUACACGAAACAGAUCUUGGGCGCUGGACUGCCCCAUGACACGUUCUUCACUAAUCCGACGGUCAUCGCGGCCUUCAAGACGUACGUCAAAGCAAUCGUGACGCGGUACGCCAAUGAGCCCGCAAUCAUGGUUUGUCAACUUAGUGAACGAGCCGAGGUGUGGAGGAACCGCCCCGGCAUCAGCCACAUGCAACAACACGGUGAUCACGAACUGGGCGGCGGACAUUUCUGCGUACAUCAAGUCCAUCGACCCGAACCAUCUCGUUGCGAUCGGCGACGAGGGAUUCAUCAACCAGCCGGGCAACUUCGAUUACCCAUACAGCGGCGGCAUCGGUAUCGACUUUGCCGCUAACCUGCAGAUCAAGACGCUCGAUUUCGGAACAGUGCACAUGUACCCCGUACGAUCCGCCCGGACCGAGCUCUCCAUGUGCUGACACACCCCACAGGACAGCUGGGGUGAGUCGGCCAACACCGACUCGUGGGGCGUCCAAUGGAUCAAAGACCACGCGACGAUGAUGAAAGCUGCGAACAAACCCGUGAUCCUCGAGGAGUUUGGUGUCACCCCGUCUUCAUCUCGGAUCAACGUGUACACGGACUGGUACAAUGCGGUGCUCAGCAGUGGGCUGACCGGUGAUCUUGUCUGGCAAGCCGGAACACCUUUGGCUGCCGGGCAAGCGCCGCCUGCCGAUCCGUAUAUGAUUUGGCCCACAGAUCCGGUGUAUCAGCUCAUGCAGUCGCAUGCCGCUGCACUCGCAGCGAGAGGGUAAAUGUGUGUGUUUUCGUUGGGGGGUAGUCAGUAUCAAUCUCGCAAUUCAAUUGUACAACCAGCACUGUCCUGCGCAGACUAGUUCUCGAAUUCGAUUGUGUCGUAGUCGAAAAUUUCUUCCAGAGAG